AUUUCAAACAAAAGAAAGGAAAAGAAAAUAAAAGAAACAAAAAGUUAUCGUUUUUUUACUUUAAUUACUGGUUCUUUCUUAAAGAAAAAAAAGAUUAAAUUUUGUAGCUUUUUUUUGCCUUGUUGGUGGUGUGUUUUAGCUGCUAGUUUCGAAAUCAGUUUGUUCGAUUUGUUGAUCUAACUUUUGCUUCUCUCGAUCUUUCAAUGGCCACUUUAGAGAGAGAAACAAGAGAGAGAGAAAGCAAAAGAACAAAAAAUUCAAAGUGAGUGACUUUGCUAGUCAAAUUGUAUCAUUUUUAUCAGUUUAUAAUAAAAAUUUAGAAAAAGUUGGAGUCUUUAUUAGUUGAAGACUCUAACUUUAUAAUUAUUUUGAGUUUUUGGAUUUGGGUUUUGAUUAAUUAUUUAGGAUUUGAUAUGGGUGGGUGUUUUCCUUGUUUUGGAUCAUCAAACAAGGAGGGUGGUGGUGGUGGUGGUGGUGUUAAAGAAGUGAUUAAAAAAGAUGCAGUUAAAGAAGGUUCUUUGCCUCAGUCCAACCAUAUUAGUAGAGUUAGUUCAGCUGAUCGUGCAGACAAAUCCAAAUCACGAAAUGGUUCUGAUCCUAAGAAAGAGCCAACAAAUCCAAAAGAUGCGCCUACUGCUCAUAUUGCAGCACAGACAUUUACAUUUCGGGAGCUUGCUGCUGCAACAAAGAACUUCAGACAAGAGUGUUUAUUGGGUGAAGGGGGGUUUGGAAGGGUUUACAAAGGCCGCUUGGAGACCACUGGACAGGCAGUUGCUGUAAAGCAGCUCGAUCGGAAUGGCCUCCAAGGAAACAGGGAAUUCCUAGUGGAGGUUCUCAUGCUCAGCCUCUUGCACCAUACAAACCUUGUAAAUUUGAUUGGUUAUUGUGCAGAUGGAGAUCAACGCCUCCUUGUUUAUGAGUUUAUGCCACUUGGGUGUUUGGAAGAUCACUUACAUGAUCUUCCAUCAGAAAAGGAACCUCUAGACUGGAAUACUAGGAUGAAAAUUGCAGCUGGUGCUGCUAAGGGGUUAGAGUAUUUACAUGACAAAGCUAACCCACCUGUCAUUUACCGAGACUUGAAAUCAUCUAACAUCCUUCUUGAUGAAGGGUAUCACCCCAAGUUAUCGGAUUUUGGACUUGCAAAGCUGGGUCCUGUUGGUGACAAGACUCAUGUCUCAACGCGUGUGAUGGGAACAUACGGUUAUUGUGCUCCUGAAUAUGCUAUGACUGGUCAACUUACUUUAAAAUCUGAUGUCUAUAGUUUUGGAGUUGUUUUUCUUGAACUUAUCACAGGGCGCAAGGCCAUAGAUAAUAAUAGGGCUCCUGGUGAACAUAAUCUUGUUGCGUGGGCUCGACCACUUUUCAAGGAUCGUAGGAAGUUCCCGAAGAUGGCUGAUCCACUGCUUCAAGGGCGUUAUCCAAUGCGAGGGUUAUAUCAGGCUCUUGCAGUUGCGGCUAUGUGCUUGCAGGAACAAGCAGCUACAAGGCCUCUAAUUGGAGAUGUUGUAACCGCACUGACAUAUUUAGCAUCUCAAUCUUAUGAUCCCAAUGCUGCCAAUCAAAGCAACAAAGUCGGACCGUCUACUCCUAGGAGUAGGGACGACCGGAGGGGAGCAGCAGAAGGGCUUGACAGUCCAGAUGAGCAUGGACGUGGCGGGCGGCAUGGCUCCCCUUCUACUUAUAAAAAUUCACCAGAUUAUAGAAGGCGUGAUUCUGUCAGGGAAUCAAACAGCGUUGCAGAAUCAGGAAGAAGUGAAACUGGCGGUACGUCUGGCAGGAAUUGGGAUUUGGUGGAUGGCUCAGAACGACACGAUUCUAAGAGAGAAAGUCCCGUAAAUAGCAGCAGAAAUAGGGAAACUCCGAGGAACCGCGAUUUAGAUAGAGAGCGAGCAGUUGCAGAAGCGAAAGUAUGGGGCGAAAAUUGGCGAGAAAAAAAGCGAGCAAAUGCAGUGGGAAGCUUUGAUAGUACAAAUGAGUAAAGCAAGAUUCCAUGAUGAUGAUGAAGACAAAAGACAAGUUGUAGAUACAGAGUUGUUCAAAGUUGGUGGUUUCCAUUUCUGGCUGAGGGAAUAAUAAAGAUUAGUUCUUUGACUGCUGAAAUUCUUGUCUUGUACCAUUCUUGUAGUCAUCAUGAGAUUGAAUGCUUCAAUUAUGUGGUUGAAGAAUGGGGAAAUACGAGACAGUUUAGCUCAGCGUUUGUCGAUCACACCGGAAGAAACGCCAUCAAAGAAUGCUACGAGUUAAUGUUAUGUAUUUAGGGUCUUUAUUUUUGUUUUUUUGGGGUCUGUCACAGGGAAAUUUGGGAAGAUAGCUAAUUUUUGCCCAUAUAUUUGUGUGUGGGUGGGUGUGUUGUGGGAUUUUAUUGGUGUUACGGUAAGCUUGUAUUUAAUAUGAUCUUGUGUAUGCAUUUCUGAGUCGAGUCGUCUUUCGGCAAGUUUUCAUCA